UCCACGGGGGCGGGGCGGGGCCUCCCGCAAGCGCGCAGGCUUCUCUCCGGCCACCUCUGUUUGGGUCCUACUGGCGUCUUUGGCGACCUGGGGGGAAGAUGGCGGCGCCCUGGUGGCGUGCGGCGUUUUUCGGAAUUGGGAGAUGCCGGGGCUUCAGCACUUCGGCCUCCCUCAGCCGCCGGACACCCCCGCUCGGGCCCAUGCCCAACGAGGACAUCGAUGUGAGCAACCUGGAGCGGCUGGAGAAGUACCGGAGCUUCGAGCGGUACCGCCGCCGAGCGGAGCAGGAGGCGCGCGCCCCGCACUGGUGGCGGACCUACCGGGAGCAUUUCAUGAAGGAGACAGAUCCCAAAGACAAAAUUGACAUUGGGCUGCCUCCGCCCAGAGUCAAUCGGACCCAAAAGCUGCUGGAGCGGAAACACUUUCUCCGGGAGCUCCGUGCCAACGUGGAAGAAGAACGGGCAGCCCGCCUCCGCACAGCUAGCAUCCCACUGGAGGCAGUGCGGGCAGAGUGGGAGAGGACGUGUGGGCCCUACCACAAGCAGCGUCUGGCCGAGUACUAUGGCCUCUACCGAGACCUGUUCCACGGUGCCACUUUUGUGCCCUGGGUCCCCCUACGUGUGGCUUAUGCCUUGGGAGAAGAGGACCUGAUCCCGGUGUAUCAUGGCAAUGAAGUGACUCCGACAGAGGCUUUGCAGGCCCCAGAGGUGACCUAUGAGGCAGAGAACGAUUCCUUAUGGACACUGCUAUUCAUCAACUUGGAUGGACACCUGCUGGAGCCAGAUGCUGAGUAUGUUCACUGGCUGCUAACCAACAUCCCAAGCAACAGGGUGGCUGAAGGACAAGAGACAUGUCCCUACCUCCCCCCGUUCCCUGCUCGAGGCUCUGGCUUCCACCGCUUCGCCUUCUUGCUCUUCAAGCAGGACAAGGCAAUCAACUUCUCUGCGGACACUCGUCCCUCACCCUGCUACCAGCUGGCCCAGAGGACCUUCCGCACUUUUGAUUUCUACAAAAAACACCAGGAAGCCUUGACGCCAGCCGGGCUGGCUUUCUUCCAGUGCCGCUGGGAUGAGUCUGUCACCCACACCUUCCACCAGCUUCUAGACAUGCGUGAACCUGUGUUUGAAUUUGUACGGCCACCCCCUUACCACCCCAAACAGAAGCGCUUCCCCCACCAGCAGCCUCUACGCUAUCUGGACCGAUACAGAGACAGUCAUGAGCCCACCUAUGGAAUCUACUGAGAGAGCCAGUACAUUCAUCUCAGGGGGUGAUCUGGCACAGCUGGAAGGUCCCAGCUCAGGAGAGAGCCAUCUGAAGCACUGAGACAGUGCCUUGCUGGCCCUCCCAGGGAACCAAGGGGUUUGUUGUGAAAGUGCUUCGAUUAUAUGUGAAUAAAUGCUUUCUUCCUGAA